AUGGUUUCUAGUUAUUGAAUUCGAUGAAUUUUUUCAACCAAUCAUAAAGAUAUUGGUAGUUUGUAUUUAAUUUUUGGUGGAGGUGCUGGUUUAAUUGGAACGGCGUUUAGUAUGCUUAUACGACUAGAGCUUUCUGCGCCCGGAGCGAUGUUAGGAGAUGAUCAUCUUUAUAAUGUAAUUGUUACAGCACAUGCUUUUAUUAUGAUUUUUUUUUUGGUUAUGCCGGUUAUGAUUGGGGGGUUUGGUAAUUGAUUGGUCCCAUUAUAUAUUGGGGCGCCGGAUAUGGCGUUUCCCCGACUAAACAAUAUUAGUUUUUGACUUUUGCCCCCUGCGCUUUUUUUAUUAUUAGGCUCUGCUUUUAUUGAACAAGGGGCGGGGACGGGAUGAACAGUUUAUCCUCCUCUUGCUAGUAUUCAAGCACACUCUGGAGGUUCGGUUGAUAUGGUUAUUUUUAGUCUUCAUUUAGCUGGGGUUUCUUCUAUUUUAGGUGCUAUAAACUUUAUUACUACAAUUUUAAAUAUGCGAGCCCCGGGUGUGUCUUUUAAUAAACUACCUUUAUUUGUUUGAUCUAUUUUAAUAACAGCUUUUUUAUUACUUUUAUCUUUACCUGUUUUAGCUGGUGCUAUUACUAUGUUGUUAACAGAUAGAAACUUUAAUACGACUUUUUUCGAUCCAGCGGGUGGCGGGGACCCAAUAUUAUUUCAGCAUCUAUUUUGAUUCUUUGGGCAUCCAGAAGUUUAUAUUUUAAUUUUGCCUGGUUUUGGUAUGAUUUCUCAAAUAAUCCCGACUUUUGUUGCUAAAAAACAAGUUUUCGGGUACUUAGGAAUGGUUUAUGCCAUGCUUUCUAUUGGGCUUCUGGGAUUUAUUGUUUGAGCUCAUCAUAUGUUUACUGUUGGGAUGGAUGUAGAUACAAGAGCAUAUUUCACUGCUGCUACUAUGAUUAUUGCUGUGCCAACUGGGAUUAAAGUUUUUAGUUGGUUGGCAACUAUUUAUGGAGGUGUUCUUAGGUUAGAGACUCCAAUGCUUUGAGCUAUGGGGUUUGUUUUUUUAUUUACAGUUGGUGGUUUAACUGGGGUUGUAUUAGCAAAUAGUUCUCUUGAUAUUGUUCUACAUGAUACAUAUUAUGUAGUUGCGCAUUUUCAUUAUGUUCUUUCUAUGGGGGCUGUUUUUGCUAUUUUUGGGGGAUUUUACUAUUGAAUUGGAAAAAUAAGUGGUUAUUGUUAUAAUGAAUUUUUUGGGAAAGUUCAUUUUUGAUUAAUGUUUAUCGGGGUUAAUUUAACUUUUUUCCCUCAACAUUUUUUAGGUUUAGCAGGAUUUCCAAGACGAUACUCGGAUUAUGCAGAUGCUUUUUUGGGUUGAAAUUUAAUAAGCUCUUUAGGGUCUAUUAUUUCUAUUUUGAGUGUUGUUUGGUUUUUAUAUAUUGUUUUUGAUCUUUUUGUUACAGAAGAAAAAUUUUUGGGUUGAAAAGAAGGGUUUUCUUUAGAAUGAAUUCAUUCUUCUCCCCCCUUAUUUCAUACUUAUGAGGAGUUGCCUUUUGUACAAAAAUAA